AUUUGCUCUGCUCGGACCAAGUGGAUGCGGAAAAACUACUCUAGUCAAUGCAAUAGUCGGAAGAAGCGACUUAGACGCUGGCUCCAUUUUUACUAGUCUUAAAGAUCUCAAAGAAAUAGGUUUUAUGCCCCAGGAUAUAUCAUUAUUCACGAGACUUAGCGUCCGGGAAAAUAUGAGGUUUUACGGGUACCUGCAUAAUUUAGACGCAGACGAAAUUGAAAGGAGGAGUAAAUAUCUAUCCGAUUUGUUAGCCUUACCACCUUUCAGUAGACGCCCUCUAAAUUUAAGUGGAGGACAGCAAAGAAGAGUUUCUUUGGCAGUAGCUCUCUUACACGAUCCCAAAGUCUUAAUCUUGGAUGAGCCGACUGUUGGGCUGGAUCCAAUUUUGAGUAAAAAUUUUUGGGAUAGGCUACGAGAAAUGGCUAAUCAAGGAAAAACAGUAGUUCUCACAACACACUACAUAGAAGAAGCACGCCAAGCAGAUGGGAUAGGUCUGAUGCGAAAUGGAAAGAUGCUUACACAAGAUACCCCACUGGCUUUGCUCAAAGAGUACAAUACUGAUUACCUUGAGGAUGUAUUCCUCGCUCUCUGUUACCAGGAAAACAAUAAAACUUCCCGUAAAAUCUCCAAAGAAGAAACUAGUCUUUCUAAGGUCAGGACUUUCGAGAAACCCAAACGCAUCUCUCUAUCACGCAUAAAGGCCCAACUGUUGAAAAAUUUCUACGUUCUUAAAAACAACCUGGUGUUAACAAUAUUUGGACUCAUGCUGCCUCUCGUAUUAAAUAUCUGUGCCAAAAUAGCAUUUGCUCAUGAUCCUUACUAUUUACCUCUAGCAAUAGUCAACGAAGAGUUUCCCGGCGGCGUUGAAAAUUGCCCUCGAACUUUCACCAAUAGCUGUAUACUGUCUAAUCCAAAAAUGAUGGCCAGCUGCAUUUUCCUGAACGAGCUGAAAAAUCGAACUUAUGUGAUGACGGAAUAUUCAAAUUACGAGGAUGCCCUCCAAGAUCACAUCCAUAAACGGAAUAGGGGAAUUGUUCAAUUCACAAGUAACUUCACAGAGUCGUUGAGCGAAAGAUUCAUGGUUGGACUUAUGGAUGCGUCCGAGUCUGUCUACGAAAGCAGCACAAUUCAAGUUCUUCUGGAUGGCGCAGAGAUGUCCAUCAAAGAUCAAAUGCAGAGAGAUCUCUCGGAGGCCUUCCUGACGACCAUGCAACAAACAGUGGAAAUCUGCACGGAUCUCGUGAAACCGGGCGCUCUCGGUCCUGCCCUCCACAUCGAGGAUCCAAUUUUUGGGGACAAGUCAUGGAACUUUUUCAUCGGCUUUCAAAUUGGUUUCACAAUUAUUGGUGCCCUUUUCUGUUCAAUGGUUUUCUCAUCGGCUACAAUGUUGGAGGAAAAAAUGGAGGGAUCGUUGGACCGUGUUUUAUCGAAUGGAGUCUCGAUGUGGGACAUCAUGAUGGGACACAUUCUCCUCCACUCAAUAACAGCGAUUUUCUACACUGUAGAAACAUAUUUCAUAUUGGCUGACCUCAUAUCGUUGAAAGGUAGCCCAUACCUUCUCAUGGUCAUAUUGUUGUGCACUGGAAUGACGGGAGUAUUUCUCGGUGGUAUAAUUGGACUCGUUACAGACCACUUGUUGGUUGCAGUGAAUGGCACCGCUGGUUUUAACUUCGCUUUCGUUUGCUUAACUGGUUUAGUUUGGCCAAUAGAGGGAGCACACGCAAGUCUGAGAACGAUCUUGCCAUAUGUUCCGGUAACAAGCACGAUCCAAGUAGUCAAAGAUAUUGGUAUUAGAGGUUACGGCCUUUCAACCCCAGUUGUGGCAAAGGGAAUGGCACAAGUUGUAAUGUGGAUGAUUGUCAGCCUGCUAGCCGAAAUUCUGGUCAUCAAAAUGCGCAAAGGAACGUGGAAUGUAAGGAAGUAACAACGAUGGAACUGGUAGUUCACUCUCAGAUACUUUAACUUUUGCCUUUUUGGGUAUGUACUUAAGAAAAGGUGGGUGCCACAAUUUGAGGGGCACUGAUGGCAAUCCUUUUGGCUAUUAUAUGACAAUUUUAGAGGCUCUUUAGUCUUAAAACAGUUCAAAAUUCUGACAGUAAUUGUAAUUUAAAGAGAUAGCUGAUAUAUGAGAGCACCUAGACAAUGUUACAGCAAAAGAGAAAAAGCACAAAAAGAUUGAUGGAAAUUGUUUCUUUUUAAGUUUUUCUAACGAGGAGCAAAUAUUUUGUGUCUUGAGAUAGGUAAAAAGUUGUCUUUUGUCACAUUUACCAUUCAAUGUAUUGUCUAAGUUAGGGCUAGAUUAUAUCUACUCAGUUUGCAAAGAUAAUGUAAUUUUCGUUGAAUUUUUUCUUGAAUUUUAAAAAUUUGUACAGAUUUAGUUAGAUCUUGACGGAAAAAGUCUGUAUCAGACAUAUGUUUUUCCUUCUCUAUGUUAUUUUUCUGACAGCAAAAGUUGCUUAACUGUCUUGUUAUUAUGUAGAGUUUGUAAAAAAAAGCUGUAAAAUAAUAUCGACAUUUUUAAACUUUGUGUACUCCUUCAUUUCCUCCAUUUUUCCUUGUUCCUUCAAGAGCCAUCCAACUUAUCAGAAUUAAAGGAGGGAUAGAAGAAGUGUUAUAUACCUGGGAGAUUGAAUUUCCAGAGUUGAAACUUUGAAAAUAAACCUUGACACUUAGAGCCACUGUUCGGUCAAUUAAAGACUUUAAUGGACAACAUUGUUCUAAUGCAAAGAGGCAGAGUUUGAAUUAAAAUUUGCAGCACACCAGCAAUAAUUUUUGCCGCGCCAAAAAGUACUUUUCAAACAGAACAUGAAACUCAUUCUCAAACUGUUCUAAAUGUAAAUUAUGUGAAUAUUUUGUCAUAAAAAAAUAAGUAAAAAAAUGCCCUGAAAGGAGUAUGAAGAGAGUAAUUGAACAACAAUCUUAAAUUCACAGUACAUUUUUUUAAACAAAACAUGUAUUACCGAGACUAACAAUACUGACCUAAAAUAGAAAAAUUCAAUAUUUCCAAAUUAGUAAACCAAUAAAAAAAAAAAAUUUGAAAAUAAAAAAAAAA